AUGGGCGGGGAGCUGGUGCCUGGCCUGGGAGCCCUUCGGCGGCGAAAGCGCCUGCUGGAGCAGGAGAAGUGGCUGGCCUGCUGGGCACUCACUCUGGCGGGAAUCGGCAUCGGGCUCAUGGUGCUGCACGCAGAGAUGCUGUGGUUCGGAGGGUGCACGUGGGCGUUCUACCUGUUCCUGGUUAAGUGCACCAUCAGCAUCUCCACCUUCCUGCUCCUCUGCUUCAUCGUGGCCUUUCACGCCAAAGAGAUCCAGCUGUUCAUGACGGACAACAGCCUCCGGGACUGGCGCGUGGCGCUGACGGGGCGGCAGGCGGCGCAGAUCGUGGUGGAGCUGGCGGUGUGCGGGCUGCACCCGGCGCCCGUGCGGGCCCCGCCGUGCCCGCUGCCCAGCGCGCCGCAGCCCUGGGCGGGCUUCCUGAGCCAGGGCGAGGCGCUGCUGUCGCUGGCCAUGCUGCUGCGCCUCUACCUGGUGCCCCGCGCCGUGCUGCUGCGCAGCGGCGUGCUGCUCAACGCGUCCUACCGCAGCAUCGGCGCGCUCAACCAGGUCCGCUUCCGCCACUGGUUCGUGGCCAAGCUCUACAUGAACACGCACCCCGGCCGCCUGCUGCUCGGCCUCACGCUGGGCCUGUGGCUCACCACCGCCUGGGUGCUGUCGGUGGCCGAGAGGCAGGCUGUUAACGCCACCGGACACCUCUCAGACACUCUGUGGCUGAUCCCCAUCACCUUCCUGACCAUCGGUUACGGGGACGUGGUGCCGGGCACCAUGUGGGGCAAGAUUGUUUGCCUCUGCACCGGCGUCAUGGGCGUCUGCUGCACAGCCCUGCUGGUGGCCGUGGUGGCUCGGAAGCUGGAGUUCAAUAAGGCGGAGAAGCAUGUGCACAACUUCAUGAUGGACAUCCAGUAUGCCAAGGAGAUGAGGGAGUCGGCUGCCCGAGUGCUGCAAGAGGCCUGGAUGUUCUACAAACACACGCGCAGGAAGGACUCCGGAGCUGCCCGCAGGCACCAGCGCAAGCUGCUGGCUGCUAUCAACACGUUCCGCCAGGUGCGGCUGAAACACCGCAAGCUCCGGGAACAGGUGAACUCCAUGGUGGACAUCUCCAAGAUGCACAUGAUCCUGUGUGACCUGCAGCUGGGUCUGAGCAGCUCGCACCAGGCCCUGGAGAAGCGGAUUGACACCCUGGCAGGGAAGCUGGACACCCUGACGGAGCUGCUCAGCACGGCCCUGAAGCAGCUCCCGGAACCCAGCCAGGAGGCCACAUAG